CUCUCUCUCUUAAUCACUAUGGUGUUUAUAACUUGGGAGACCCAAAAUUCUUAUUUUCAUGCUAAUUUUCCUCUAUGGUUUUAGGCACUUUUUGGUUUUUGAAAUGAGAGAAAAUGGAUUUUUGAAUGAAUGAAAUUACACUAGUUCACUCCUUGCUUAGCUGAAGGUCUCAAUAUGUUUUGAUGUGGUUUUUGCUCUAUCUGGUUCCUUGAAAUCACUCUCAUAGUGUUACCAAAUUGAGUUGCAAAAAUGGCAGAUAGGCCACAACUUCCAUCUGUAAUCCAGAAGAUAAGAGUGCAACCUUACCUCUCCAUCACGCACUUUCCUAACCAUCAAACCUGGACUUCAAGCUUGCAAAACAUUCCCAGUGCUGGUGGACAUGCGAUCGACAGAUUGCACAAAACAUUGCUCCCAGCAAAUGCUGGCUCUGCCUCCUAUCUUGCUUCACCUCUGCUUCCAGUAUUUGUAAGAGCUCCGCUGGAAAAGCAGAAGUCUGACUCUCGAACUGGGUUAAUUUAUGGAUCAUUCCUUGCUCUUUUUGGGGUGCUAACUGCUCCAAUUGGGAGAGUGAAACUCCUGAUCCUUAUAAAGGAAUUGUGAACUGCUUCGCCAGAACAAUCAGUAAUGAAGGCUUCAUAUCCCUUUGGAGAGGCUACAUCCCUGGUGUCAUCAGCGACGUUUCCUUUAGAGUAAAUUUUCAGCAAUUUUUUCUUUUAGAACUUAUUGUGCAUUAACUGGGCUUCUUAAACCUGAUUUUGACCAUUAGAAAUUUGUAGAUGUUUUUGUUGUUUAUUUCUUCUUUGUCUCAUCUAAUCUUGUUUAUUAAAUCCACAGUAUUUAUAUGUACAACAGGUAAUAAGCUUUGGCUUUAACAACUAUUUUCUGACUUUAACCAAUUUCAAGAAAGACAAAGAUGGCUACUGGAAAUGGUUACUCGGAGGCUUGGGAGGAGGAAUUUUUGCUAAUUUAGCAACUCAUUUUGUUGUUUAUCCCCUAGAUUAUGCCCAGACUCGCCUAGCCAAUGAUAUCAAGACAAACAAUAAGAUUGAAGAAAGGCAAUUCAAAGGAUGACUUCUUGGCUACACCAGUAAUGGCAGUGGGAGUUGCAGUUUGUCAAAAGAUGGCAACUUACCCAUUGGACACUGUAAAUAGGAGGAUGAUGAUGACCUCUGGAGAAGUUGUUAAAUAUCAGAGUUCAAUACAUGCAUUUGCAGAGAUUAUCAGGAAUGAGGGUGUUAAGUCCCUUUAUAAGGGUGGAGGUACAUGCAUCCUCAAAAAAAUUACUUUAUCCGUUAUUUUUGCUGUUUUUAUCACAAGAUUGCCCGAUUAUUUUUCCACAAAAAAGUCUAAUUCUGCCGCUGAUGGUGUGUCUGCAAAGAGGAAUGGAUCGGUUGGUGGUGAUCAAUCUGCAUCAACUCUCACCAUUAAAUGGACAUAUGGUAAGAAGGACUAGGGGCAACGGUGGUGGAGGCCCACGCAGAAAUUUCUCUUCUGAGGGGAACAAUGAUUUAGAUUGUCUUUACAAUUAGAGUUCAGUUGACAGUCUGAGAAAGUUCUUCUGUAAUAUAAUAUUAUAGGGAGUAAAACAAUAGUACUUAGGUUUAUGAGUCUGGGCUUAACCUCUUCCCCGUAGUAAACAAAUGAGUUUGUAUUGUGCUGACUUCUAAAAAUUGGAUACUCAAAUUACCACCACUUGAAAUCAAUACAUCUACUGGAAGCUUAAUAGCAUUAGAUCGUCUAAUACAUUGUCUUUCAUAUCGAAA